GCCAUGUUGCCAGCAGUGUGGCAAACGCUGGCCACAGCAAGGGCCAAAGCAGGGAGCUUGAGCCCAAGCCGCCAAGACCCCCUCGCCAGAACCAAGCACAGAGGGCAUUGACAACCAUCUGGGAAUCCUUGCCUGAGCACGCGCGCCAGCAGAUUGAGGAGGCGGGGUGGAGACCUAAGCUCCCUCAUCCCCCGCCAGGCUUACCCAGGCAAACCAAAGGAGGUGCAGGCAAAGGCAAGGGCGCAGUUGGAACAGCUGAAGUCCGGGAUGAGGCUGCUCAGGCUGAGGCUGCUCGGUCCUUGUUUGCCUCGGUGAGCGAAGAGCAGCGUGAGCUUCUCUGUCGACUUGGCAUCAAAGAGCCCGAGGCGCAGCCCCAAGACCUUGCUUCAUUGUGUAAGCAACACAUCCGUUCCUUGCCAGCUGACAUCCAGAAGUUGCUGGAAGACCCUCCUGAGCGACCACCCACGCCUCAGGAGGUCAUGAGCGAAACAAGCAAGAAAUUUAAAAUUGCCACUGCCGAAUUGCGGGACCUUAUUUUCCGAAAAGCUGCCUUGCAAGUGCGGCUGGAUAAGCAUAAAGAGCUGUACUCCAACAUGUUGUCAGACAUGAAGUCCAUCAAUGAAUCCUUGGAGGAGCGACAAAAGCUGGUGGCCUCCUUGCAAGGGGAAUUGCAAUCCUCGGUUGCUGGGGUCCCGGCCCCCGAGGCCUUGCCUGAGGCAGCAGAGGCUCUUGCCAAGCAGGUUGAGGCCAUGGAUGUUGAUCAGCUUGACGACUACCGGCAGCGCCUUGUUGAAGCCAUUGAUGAAGCUGUAAAGCGCAGGCGCGUGGAUGCACCGGCGCAGAAGGCAGCGCCGCCAAGCCCUUUUCCUGCUGGGCCGGAAGUGCACCAGCCAGCAGCAACUGAAGGAGACAAGCCACGGCCGUGUGCCACAUCGGGCAAGCCCGUUCAGUUUGGCAUGCUGACACAGGAGAGCCGAAUCUGCAUCAAGCUGUGCUGGUCGCGCUCACGUCGAGCCCUCGAGGGUGUACAGUUGGAUUCGCGGGUUGCAGGGACUCAGGUCGUCUUGCUGGAUCCUUAUGUGCCUUCAGGACAGCCUGUGCACAAGGUCUUCCGUACAGCGGGCAAGGCGGCCGGGUGCUGGGCUGAAGCCGGGUCACCGGCCAUGCAGGUCGUUUUUGAGGGGUGGACCAGGUCGCUUGAAAGGUCCUUGCAAAUCACAGGGGACUUGGGUUCAACUGGGCUGCCUGAUGUACCGUGUGAGGCCCUGGAUGUAGCGCGCAGCUAUGCCAGUGAUAAGUGGGGAACUCGCAGGGAGGUGGAGGUUAUGUUCAGGAGUUGGAAGUUGCCUCAGGAGGGUGGGCCGCUGGCCAUGGGUCUUGGGGGACCGGAAGGAGGGCCCUGGAUGCUUGCUGCGGGCCAUUUGUCUGAAGCAGGGAUUCUUCUUGUGGUUCCCUUGAUGUGCCUCAUCACCGAAGGCACUUUUCAUUGGAAGGUUGUGGAGCUUGCUGUGGAAACACAGGAGGACGUGCCUCCUCAUGUGGCCGGCUGGGCAAUUGACGAUGCCCUGGCAAACCUUAAGGAACCGAAAUAUCGGGAUGACUUGUGCAUUGUCUCGGCUAAUGUCUCGUCUUGGAGGAAGGACCUGUGCCCCUGGGUGGCGCAGCUCGGUGCCUCGGUCGUUAUGUUACAAGAGACGCAUCUGUCCCCGGAUCAGCCCGAUUUGAUUGAAGGCCAAUUGGGGGUUUAUGGUUUCAAUGUCUUUAGUGUGCCGGGGCAGCCCACGGGCCGGGGCGGUACAUCAGGCGGAAUGGCAAUUUGCUUUCGCAAGCACUUGAAUGUCCGGCGGGUGCAUCAGUUUUUCAAGGCCGGGGCUGGGUUUCAGGUUGCUGCUAUUCGAUUGCGGGACACUGAUUGCUAUCUAGUUAACCUUUAUUUGAAGGCUGGUGAAGGCUUUCAGAGUGCCACCAAUUCGCAAAUUUUGGCUAAUCUGCUCGCUUUUCUUACGUCGGCCCGGGGCAUUUACUUUGCUGCAGGCGACUUGAAUGAGGAUUUUGAGACCAUAGCAGCCAGCAGUUUUGCUCAGGAAGCCAAGGGCCAUUGGAUCAGCAGUGGAGAGUCCACGUGUGCAGGGGGAGGCAAUAUUGACUUUGGCCUUCUUUCCCCCAUCUUGGCUGCGGGUGCUAAGUUGGUUGUCGAUUGGGACACUCCUUUUGCUCCACAUGCGGCCUUGCAUUGGACACUGCAGCUUGAGCAUUUUGACUUUAAGCUGCCGCAGUUGAUUGCUUUUAAGCCUGUAGCCGUCCAAUCCCAGGAGGAGUUGCAUCUGCUUGGGACUGAGGCCGAGGUGCCAAAGUCCAGGUCUGCAGGAGGCCCCUUGUUGUCCCCAUUGCUCCUGCUUCUGGUUGGGGUCGGCCUCACUCCGCUUUGGCAGCAUGUGGGCCGGUGGAGGCAUUGGUUUGAACUGUGGUCGCAUCCAGCUGGGGUCGAUCGUGAUCUGCUGGCCUCCUUGAAGCAUGCUGCGCAGGAGCAAGCCCGGUUGUUGCAUCCGAUCGACUUGGAGCGGGCUGUAGGGUUUUUCAAGAAGGUUCCCACCAAAGCGCCCGGCUUGGAUGGCUGGACUUGUGAGAUGCUUCGUAACCUCAGUGUUGAAGCUGUGCAGGCAAUUCUUGAAUUCUUCCAUCACUGUGAGCGCGAGGCUUCUUGGCCGGACCAAAUGGUGUUUGCACUUAUAGCCUUGUUGCCUAAGUCCGAAAAACGUGAGCGCCCCAUUGCAUUGUUGCAUAUCCUUUACCGUGCUUGGGCCAAGCUGCGGUGGCCUUUGGUUGCCACGUGGCAGGCUGCUUAUGCUGCUCGUGCCACUUGGGACAAGGCUGUCCCGGGUGGCCAGGCGCUUGACGUAGCACUGGCAAGGCUGAUGCUGGGCGAGUCGGUGCGGAGGUGCAAAUCCCACCUUAUAACAUUGUUCCUAGACAUGGAGACAUUCUACGAUAGGUGUGUUUUUGAUGACGUCAUUCGCUCGGGACUUUCUUUGGGCUACCCUCCUUUAGUUUUACAUCAGGCCUUGCUUACUUACAUGGGGCCUCGCUUUAUCCAGUCGGAAGGUGCAUUGUGCCCUCCCAUUUGGCCGGGGAGGGGAGUUCUGGCUGGAUGUCCAGCGGCGCCGUCGGUAUCAAAACUCGUCAUCCACCCAGUUGCUGAAAAGCUGGCUUCAAAGAAAAGUGCAUGCAACCUUGACAUUUGGAUUGAUGACCUGUCGCUUGAUUCGGUUAAUAAGUCUCCGGUGCAGGUUGCCAGUGAUUCCCUUCUGCUGUUCAGGGCUCUCCGACGGGAUUUGGAAGCUAGGGGAGCUCAGAUCUCAAUUUCAAAAACAUGCUUUGUGGCAUCGUCGACGGAGGCGGCCAAGGCCAUGAGCAAAAUUCUUGAUGCCAAUGAUCCUCAGGUCAAAUCGAUGACUCGGGACCUUGGUGUGACUUCAGCCGGUGGUCGCCGUCGUGUUUUGGGGCUUGCGGAACAGCGCAGGAAAAAGGCGGCCGGCAGGUCGCGGAAACUCAACCGUCUGGCCAUCCCGGGGAGGGCGCACCGUUUGCGCAUCGUGAAAGCAUCUGUGUGCUCGGCUGGCCUCUGGGGCCAUCAGGCGCAGGGCACAAGCUUGGAUCGCUUGAUCUCACCUUUGUUGUCAACCGACGGCGAUGCGAGGCGCCGCAAGCUCAUCAUUGGCAGCGCGGAGACAGUGGCCCAGGGGCCCGGGACCUUCGUUCUGCUUGUGUGGCUUGGGCCAUUGGGGCCUAUGAGAUCACAGAGGAUGGGGCCCGCCGUGUUGCGAGCAUCACCUCUUUUCCACAGCGGUACCUUCGACUUGACGGUUGACUGCAAAGCUGUUACCCCUUGCGCUUCGACUGGUGCUGCCAAGGCCACCAAACCUCUCAACAAGAAGCAGAGAAUGUUGGCGAGGCUUUCAGGCGACGAGGAUUCACUGGGUCACCAGUGGGUCAAGGGAGCCGAGGGCUCCACCAACAUGACCAUGAAGUGUGCAAUUUGUGGAUUGUACCUGCAGCAAAUCAACGAUCUGCCCAGCUUCGAUCGCCUUAUGCGACCCUUUGCAGCAAUGGAAUAUUCACAGCUCGCAUGA